UUAUUCUUGAGCGGAUAUUAUGUGAUCUGAUAAAUUAAUGUUUACAAAUAUAUGAAAUUCAAGAGUCUCGUGAAUUAUUUUUCAAAAAGUCCAGAUACGCCUCUUCGUCUGACGACCGCGCAUUCUGUCCUCAGUGUUUGUUGGUCUUGGUGACGCGUAACGGCGGCAUAGCACACGAUUUCACAGAAAUGCUUUGCUCAUCUUGCUCAGUAAAUUGUGGGCAUUGUAAUAGAGGAGGCUGGCACAGCACACACACACAACGUCCACUGGGUAACAACACGGUGUGUGCACACACCGUGUGUGUGUGUAGUGUAUCCGCUUCGACGGACCUCAAUCGACACCGUCGGUGAUCGGGCAGGCAAGCCCAUCGUGCAUGAUGAGCUGCUGCUGCUGCUGUACCCUGUGCGCAAACCUCAGCCAUCGUUAAAGUUUAACCAGGGUCUCCGGCCCGUACACCUGCGACAUAUCCAAAGUCCAUGCUUGAGUCGCAACUAUUUUUUUAUGUUAUUGUUGCAAAGAAUGGAUUAUUUUCAAAACGAUGUGUUGUUUUCAAAGAGCGUACGAUGGGUGCGCGUGCGUAACCAGACGGAUUGGAUUCGUAAAAGUGCGCGCGCAAAUCAAAUGUUCACACUCGCUUAGUUAUCGGCAAGAUAUUUCACAAAUUAUCGAUGAGCUGCGGCAGUUGUGUAAAAAAAAAACAACCCAAGUCAUUCCCCUUGCUGACACCACGACAGCCCACGUGUAACUGAAAGACCUUUGAGCAAGAGGCAAGCGACUUCCUUGUUCAGCCCACUUUUUAGUGAGCAACCGCUUGCGCUCCGCCUGUGCUUCUCUCUCUCUCUCUCCCUUUCUCUCUGAGCUGUUGCCCUCCUCUAGGCUCCUCUAGGCUUUGCGAGAAAGGGAGAGAGAAAUUAAACCAUGGCGUUUUACGCACCAGCCCAAAGUGAUAUCGUCAACCCGGCCAUCCCAUACGUGGGCAUGAUUUUUGGGGGCCUUUCCGAUGGCAAGAUGGUCAUGAUCAAGGGCAUGGUGCCCCAUCACUCCAGCAGGUUCCAAAUCGACUUCCAGUGCGGGUCGUCCGUGACCCCGCGUGCCGACGUGGCCUUCCACUUCAACCCGCGCUGGGACGAAGGGCCACAGCAGGUCGUGUGCAACACGCUCCAGCGGCAGGCGUGGGGGAAGGAGCAGAGGGCCUACAACACCAUCAUGCGCGGCCAAGCCUUUGAGAUCAUCUUUAUGGUCUCCAACCACAGCUUCAAGGUGGCAGUGAACGGGUCACACUUUAUGGAGUACCCGCACCGCAUCCACUUUGCAAGCGUGGACACCCUGAGCAUCUCGGGCGCCGUCAACGUCUACUCUAUCUCCUUCACCCAAAACCAAAUGAUCCCUCAACCUUUUCCAUCAACGUAUCCGUCAACACAAAUGAUGCCCCCUCAAUUCAUGCCAGCGCAGCCUCCACCAUACCCAGGUGGCCUGAUGACCUUGGCCGUGAACCCAGCAGUGCCGUACAGCUGUGACAUCCCUGGUGGAUUAUACACCGGACGCAUCAUCAUCAUGAAUGGCGUGGUCAGCCCCAAAGCUCACCGGUUUACCGUCAACCUCCAAAUCAAGGGUGGCCAAGUCGUCCUGCACCUCAACCCUCGCUUCGACGAACACGCCUUCGUGAGGAACUCCCUUCUAAAUAAGUCGUGGGGUUCCGAGGAACGCCAGGUGCCCUUCUUUCCCUUCAAUAGAGGACAAGGCUUCCAGAUGAACAUCCAGUGCGAUGCGACCGAUUACAAGGUGUCCAUCAACGGGCAGCACCUCUUCUCCUACAAUCAUCGCGUGUCGCCCGUGGGGAGGGCCGUGAAGCUGGAGGUGACUGGGGACGUGACCCUCACCAAUGUCCAGCUGCAGUAAGCGCAGCUCGCCGGCUCGCCGCACGGCAGAGGGAAGCCCUCUGCGAGGGAUCGUUUGGUAGUGUCGCCAAACCCCCCCCCCCCCCCUCCUCUGAUGUUGAUUUUUCGUUGUUUAAAAUGUGUGUCAGUCAGCUGAUUACUCGUGGAGCAAAGGUAAUAAGUAGUACAAUGAUGAGCAACACUCCAAAAGACGGAUUUUUGUGUUCCAACUGUCGAGUCGACAGGUUUGCUUGAGAGGGCGUGAUAUAAUCUGUAGAGCAUGCUUUUUUUUGAUACAGUGAUUGUGAUGAUUUGCUAUGGAUGUCUGAAUAAAAAAAAUACUUUUAAAA